UUUCUCAUUUUCCAUCUCUCUCUCUUCUCUUCUCUUCUUCUUCCUCCUUUCUUCAAAAAAAAUAAAUAAAUAAUAUUUGUGUGUUGUUUCACACUUGUUUUUAGUUUUAUCUAUCAAGUGUUUUCUUGGGAAUUCUAGAACUAUUUGUCUAUUUAUUGAAUUUUUGGUUUGAUUUAACAACUUUGAUGUUGUGUUUUGGUGAGGAUAAGGAUGAAAGUUUCGAUCUUUAAAGGGGAAAGAUUGUUUUUAGUGGUUGUAAAAGUGAACAGGGUGUGAAGAGCUACAGUUCUGUAUGUGGGGGUUGUUAGAUCGUGUGAUUUUUUGGAAUUAACGGUUGAUAUUUCUGGGUUUUGGAACUGAAGAGAAUUUAAUUGGGUAAAACUGGGUUUCUUCUAUUUUAGGACUCAACGAGUACUGAUUCAGCAGAAAUGACUAUAGGGGAUCAAAGCGAGUCGGACUCGAUACUUCCUUGUAGGAAUAGGAUGUCAGUUGAUGUUGGAGCUCCUUCUCCAAGGAGUAUCCAGAUGGAUGAGCAAGUUAAUCCAGGAGAAGAAUAUGCUCCUAAGAUAAGAAAACCAUACACCAUUUCAAAGCAAAGGGAGAGGUGGUCUGAGGAAGAGCACAAAAAGUUCCUUGAAGCAUUAAAGCUUCAUGGUAGGGCAUGGCGACGAAUAGAAGAGCAUGUGGGAACUAAAACUGCAGUUCAGAUUAGAAGCCAUGCUCAGAAGUUCUUUUCAAAGGUUGUUCGUGAAUCGAGUAAUGGUGAUGCAAGCUCUGUGAAAUCCAUUGAGAUCCCUCCUCCUCGGCCUAAAAGAAAGCCGAUGCACCCUUAUCCAAGAAAAAUGGCAACUCCACUUAAAAGUGGAACCCUGGCUUCAGAGAAAUUGAACAGAUCUGGUUCACCUGAUCUCUGUCUCUCUGAGCCAGAGAAUCAGUCUCCUACCUCUGUGUUGUCUACCCUUGGUUCAGAUGCAUUUGGUACGGUGGAUUCCACUAAGCCAAGUGAGCAGUCAUCACCUGUUUCCUCAGCUGUCGCUGAGAAUUCUGGUGAUCUUGUACUUUCUGAACCAUUCGAUUUGGUUGUAGAGGAGAGCAGAUCGUCACCUGCCCGAGCUUAUGCUACUUCAAAUCCGGCCAAUCAGGCUUGUGUGAAACUAGAGUUGUUUCCGGAAGACAAUGAUUUUGUGAAAGAAGGCUCGGAUGAGGCAUCAUCCACACAGUGUCUGAAGUUGUUUGGUAAAACCGUAUUAGUUACUGAUGCUCAUAUGCCACCGACAGACGAGACGUUGACUCGAAGCUCCUUCCCUGCAAAAUAUUUGCCCUGGGAUUCAGAAUGUCCUCAAAGUACCUUUUCUAUCGUCCCUCCUACGCCGUCAUAUUACUUUACCACACCAAAUGGAAGUUCAGGGCCUAACCAAAGUGGCGUUGCAACUACUCAUUUGCCGUGGGGAUCAUCAUGUGCAGUUCCUUGCACUCAGGUGCAUAGCCCAAUUCCAAUGAAGGGACGUCCACUCUUUAAUGACAGAUAUUUGGAAGGAAAGGAAACUCAAAAGGAAGGGUCUUCGACCGGCUCCAAUGCAGAAUCAGUAGAUGCAGAGUUGAGUGGAGAAAAGAACAUGGAAAUUGAAGCUCAGAGUAGUAGAAAUGUGGUAGAAGAGUCGGUUAGAGCCAGCGUACCCUCUUUGUUUGAGCGAAGAGCAAAUUCCACGAAGCGUGUGAAGGGUUUUGUUCCAUAUAAGAGAUGUUUAGCUGAAAGAGGCGUGAGUUCCUCAACAUUAACUGGAGAAGAAAGAGAAGAGCAACGAACCCGAUUAUGUUUGUAGUUUUACUUUCUUUGUGCCUGUUUAGUUUUUGUUUGUAAAGGUUAGCACAUCCCUUUUUGGUUCUACUUAUAAUAUCCGUAUGCCGGAUAACUGGAUGAAGAGAAGCAACACCAUGGCAGCAAAAGGCGAUUCAUCCCUCUAAUUUUUGCUGAAUGGAGAAGCAGUCUUCGUAAUUUUUUUGAAUGAAUUGUUCAAAUGUAUGUUGAUAAAAAUCAAGUCUUGCAACUUCAUCUCAUCACUUGCCCUUUUGGCAGAUGAGCUAACAAUCUUUGUAACUCCACUAUUUCUAAGUGAUGAAUGCUCCACCCUUGCUCACUUAA